AACGAGACCACUCCUCCGUAUUUAUCCAUCUCCGCUCCUCCGCUCCCCUGUAUUUUUCCAAAACAAGAGUAACGGUGGUGGCCUUUCGCUUCUUCCCUCCCUCGAUCCUGGCCAAAACAAAGUAAAUUACUCAGCCACUGGAGUGGGUGGCGGCCGGAGGGAGGAGUCGGUGGUCGGACGGAGUGGGGAUGAGCCUGAGCAAAAUGAUGGAUGUUUCGCGGUGCGUCCUUAGCUUUCCUUGGCUUCUUUUUUCCCACACCGAAACCGAGCACCUAAAGUCUCUCCUCCGCGUGGAGGGGGUAGUCGAGGGGAGGAGCGGGAAGGAAGGGGGUCGCGGAAGAACAAAUCGAUCUAAGACAAGUGAGAGAUAUCCUAUGCACUUGUAUUCUGGAAAGCGUUCAAAGGGGAAAGUUGUCUGGUACAGAAUGGGCCUUGUUCACUGGAACUGCCCCCUGACUCAUCACAAAGGAUAGUAGAGCCACAGUAUGAGGGUAUCAAACGUUUCAUCCUCAAAUUGAUGAUGUUUUACGCUAAACAGUGCACAUCCAUCCGAGGGGCAAAUGUUAUUUAUCGUCGCAUUACACAUCAAGUUGAUGGACUUGCUCUAUAUGAUGGUCAGUCCAUCUCCUUUGUUUUGUUUUCGGAACAUUCAAACUUUUCUUAAGUAAAAAAAACUCCAUCCUAAAUUUUCUUUCCACUUUCCUUUUCGAAUGUGAUGGACUGGUCGCUCACAAUUUUUUAAUCAAAGUAUUAACGCUUGAAAAGUAUAAUUUCUCUUUCUGCACUUUAUUCCUUGGACCCAAAAAACUGACAUAGACAUAUAUUUUGUAGUAUUUAGCUUGGAGAAAACAUUUAACACAACCUUCUGUGUGCGUGAUGCCGAAAAAUAUUACUACAAUACUAAAACAAGAAACAGAUGUAUGGUUAACAAGUUUCUGCUUGUUUGAUUUUAAUGUGAGGCGUGAAACAUCACAACAUCAUGUUUGAUGAUAUUGUUUAAAAAAAAAAACGCAGGCUGCAUUUAGUUGUAGAAGGUUCCAUUUUUUGUUAUGAUAUUGUACUCACGUCAUGUGGAACUAGGGAUACAAGUUUUUGGCUUUCUGCGUUUAUUGCUUUCUUCCUUCCUUUCUGCGUUUCCCAGCUACUGAGACUUUGUUUCCCAGUAUGCUUUCUGCAUUUUAGGUUUGCGAUCAACUUCCGAACUCUGCGUUUGUGUUUGAGCUUUGCGCUAAGUUUCUCAGGCCUCUGUUCUGCGUUUAAUGUUUUCUUCGAAUAACAGGGAUGACUGAAUGAGCUGAUCAUUUAACGGGGCUGCUAAUAAAUGAUCGUUAGGUAGCGGUGUAUCACUAAGGAGAGUAAAUUAGAUAUUUGAUUUGUUUUUAAUUAUUCUUAUUUAAUUUAGUGGCUGUGUUUAGUAAAAAGGGGGCUGUAUAUAGAAUUAUCCUUUCAUAAGUAACAAUAAACGAGCUAAUUCUUUAACCGAGGUAGUAGAAUUCUACUAGUCUCAGUUUCCCUUUUGUUUCUUCUACGUCCUACAAUUAUGUCUACUUCUCUUUUUUCAACUCAACUAAUUUUCUACUGUUUCUACGGCCUUACACUUGCUCAUUUGACCUUUUGAACGGUUUGCCCAUAUUCUGUUUUUUCGUAAAAGUUACCCACCUUUUAUUGGUUUCCUAUUUGGAAAACUAAUCAAAAAUUCAUUUGUUUCCCUUUAUUUAGUUACCCUCCUUAGAUUAAGUUAGUUUCAAACAUUUUUGUUACCAUUCCUUUAACUGAACGUUUCGAGCAAAUGACUUGUUUAGUGAUGUUUUUUAGUUGUACAGUCGUUUUUUAUCAAGCUUAAUUCCUUUGGCACAUACUAAGAAAUAAGAAUGUCCCAAUGUCCAAAUUAAACUCUGAUAGACUCCAUAAUUUAACGGUACGGUGAUUUAGAUUAAGAUGAAAACUGAAAAUAGAGAGUUUUUUUUAAUGGGAAUUUGAAAAGUUUAUUCUUUAAGUGGCAAGUCCAACAAAAUUUGAACACCGUGUCCUUUAUAAAUAUAAUGGCAGAUAUUAUCUCAUAGGUGCAGGGAAAAUGAAACCGGAUAUGACACUCCAAUUCUGUUGGAAACAAAUUACAAAUUAAAAAAAAAACGGUGUUGCUUUAGUCUUCAUCGGUGCCAAAAUAUUUGUCCCCAAACUCACCCAUUCCUGGAAUGAAACGAUAAUCUUGCUGGUUUCAAUCUCAGAUGUGACAAUCUUUAUUCUUGGGAAACGUUUGCAAACAACAUGAACACCCGUAGGCGCAGAUGUGAGAUUUAGGAAGAUAGUGUUGCAUCCCGGGACACCCUUCUUUAUCCGUAGAGAGCCUGAACUUCUGAAUUCCCACUUCCCAUGAUUUUUUGCCAUUGCACCCGAGGAACACAACUGACCCUUCUUAGUAAAGUCUGCCAUUGUUAAAGAGGGUUAGGCCUUUUUGUGUUGUCCCAUCACACAUGGUUGGCACUUUAGAUGAAAUAGCUGUUUCUCAGCCAAGCCCAAAAUCAUGCCUUCUUUAUCUGCAACGAGGGCCUUUCAACUCUUAUAUCUCCACUCAAUGACAGAGUAAGGUUUUUAAGUUACUAUGACCCUCUUACCCUAGCUAGCCUUGGAUUGAAGAAUGGAGUUGAUGGACAGAAUGCCAAAUAUAAGCUCCUGCUGGGCGUUUCCACAAUUGAAGUACCUAAGUUUCUUUUUGGGCUCAAACAGACUGUAAGAGUAACACCAAAAGAAAGGUAAACAGCGGAAGAAGCAUUGGAGUGAAAGAGACAAAGUCCACAGGCAUAGGGGAAGCAUCCGCACCACGUACGCUGCAAAAUCUUUCUCUGAGCUUGGCUUUCCCCAAUUACUGAUUGAAAGACUUGAGAAGGAAGGGUUUAAGGAUCCAACAGAUGUUCAAGCUUCUGCAAUUCCAACUAUUCUGGAAAACCAUGUCGUGAUUCAGUCAUAUACUUGCUCAGGAAAAACAUUGGCAUACCUUCUUCCGAUACUCCCCCACAUUGUUUUCCCUAUGAAUGGUGUAUCUUCUUCAAGCAGAACGGAUAUCAAAGAAGUUAUUGUAGCUCCCUCCAGGGAACUCUGUAUGCAGAUUGUCAGGGAAGUGGAGAGGCUUUUGGGACCCAACAAGAAAAUGGUUCAACAGCUUGUUGGUGGAGCGAACCGGUCCAGACAGGAAGAAGCGCUCAAGAAAAACAAGCCAUCCAUAGUAAUCAGUACUCCUGGUCGGAUUGCGGAAAUUAGUGCAUCCGAAAAGCUUCACACUCACAAGUGCCGUUGCUUGGUCUUAGAUGAAGUUAUUGAGCUUCUCUCAUUCAAUUUCAGGGAGGACAUGCAGCGGAUACUAGAUCACGUGGGGACAAAACGAUCUGGUGCGGUUUCAACUAUUUGAUUACUCCUAUAAAUAGUUUAUUACCUCUAUCUCAAAUGGUUUCUCCCUUCUGAAGUUUUCCAUCAUUUGCAAUGGAACCAAAGAUUCAUUAUUUUUUUGCCUGAGAAUAUGAUGGAAUAAAGCAAAAUGGC